GGCAUGUGGAGCUCGCUAUAAGUCAGGGCUCCCUCUUACGUGGAUCUCACUGUGGUCAGGUCUUGCAUGGUUGCUGACUAUUGUGUGGAUCAUCUCACCGCGAUCAGGACACGCAUUGAGCUCGCUACGAGGGCUUCUACGUGGCGAUCUGGUGCAUGCUGCACCACGCACUGGCGUUGUCGCUCAGCUUUGCUGCAUAACUGUGACCGUCUGAUGCAAGCGUCACCCAUGGCUCGCAAGGAGUUGUUCCGGACGGGGCUGCUCGUCCUCACGUCGCCUGCAGCGCAGCUGCCGUUCCAGCUCGGUGGGGCCCUGCGCUCGGCAUCGGAGAUGAUUAACGGCACUCUGUACGUGCACCUUCACCCGGGCCUGAGGCCGCCCAGCUCGACCACGUCCCCCUGCAGCAGGGCGGCCCUGUCUCCCGUGACGUGGGAAGUCUCCCAGAUGGUCUCCAAUGUCUACACGAAGGCCACGGAUAUCUGCAGCCACCUGGAUGUGCGUGUCUUCCUCACCAACAUUAAAGGGCACGGCGUGGCUGGGAGCGUGCCCGCUGCCCUGCACACCCCCUGCCACUCGCCCGAGGUGGUGCUCACCGACUACAGCAGCAUCGACGACCUGAAGCGGCUUCACGACGUCGAGGCGUUCUUCCGAAGCUACGUGCAGAAUCGCUACGAGUGCAAUGCUUCCAUCAAGCUCUUUGUGCCCGAUGUGGGCUCCAAGGAAGGCCAGUCUGCACACGGGGAAACGCAGCAGCCCGGAGAGAGCACAGUGGGCUCGGCCGACGGGGGGCCGCCCAGCUACUCGGACGUGGUUCUCGGGGGCACGUUUGACAGGCUGCACAACGCGCACAAGAUCCUCCUGAGUACCGCGUGCUUGUUGGCAGAAAGACGCGUGCUGAUUGGAGUUGCAGACGGGGCGCUUUUGCAAGGGAAGCUUCUGAAUGAGCUGAUAGAGCCGUAUGAGCAGAGGCUCUCAGCGCUCCGGAGCUUCCUGAGCGAUGUGCAUCCUCACCUGUGCUACGACAUCGUCCCCAUCACGGACCCCUUCGGACCUGCCAUCACUGACUCUCUUCUGCAGUGCAUUGUGGUCAGCGAAGAGACUCGCAAAGGGGGGCAGGCUGUGAACCGCAAACGUGAAGAAAAGGGCCUGCCGCUGCUGGAGGUGCACGAGAUCAAGCUGAUCGCCGACCGUCACCACGAGAGCCACGAGGAAAUGAAAAUCAGCUCGUCGAGUCUGAGAGCACGGCUGCUGGGCACCCUGCUGAAACCGCCACAAGUGAAACCCGACAUCCCACCGGUGCCCUUUGUCAUUGGGCUUACGGGAAUCAGCGCUAGCGGGAAGUCGAGCGUCGCCAGGCGUCUGGAGGCGCUUGGGGCUGUGCACGUGGACUGCGACGUGCUCGGCCAUCAGGCCUACCUGCCAGGCACCAGCGCCCAUGCCAACAUCGUCGAGGAGUUCGGAGAGGAUAUCUUGUCAGAAGAUGGAACCAUAAACAGAAAGGAGCUGGGGAAAAAAGUGUUUUCAGAAAAGGAUAAACUAAAAAAACUAACGGACAUUGUUUGGCCUGAUAUCGCGAGGCUGGCCAAGAAAGUUAUUGCUGAUUGUGCAGAAAAAGGUGUGCGUGUGUGUGUCCUGGAUGCUGCGGUUCUGCUGGAAGCCGGCUGGAUCAACAUGGUCCAUGAGGUCUGGGUGGUGCUCAUUCCGGAAGACGAGGCCGUCAGAAGAAUUGUGGAGAGAGACGGCGUGACGGAUGACAGUGCUAAGAAGAGGCUGUCCAAUCAGCUCAGCAACCAGCGCAGGGCAGAGGAGGCAAAUGUUGUGCUGUGUACCUACUGGCAGCCUCAAGUGACACAAAAACAGGUUGAAAAAGCGUGGAAGCUCCUACUUGGAAGAAUCACAAGGUGAAGGUCGAUCGCCUGUAACUGGACCAAUGUGGAAGAGCCAGAAGUGUAGUUUAUUGGGCUGUAAAUUUGUUUGGAGUUUGAUGUCGGCUUCAUUAAAUAACUAAUGUGGAAGCAUAAAAGUCUGCAAACUGGAAUUUGUGCUUGUGCCAUUUUAUAUUUUGACUUGAAAUAUCCUUUGUUUUGCAGGCAUACAAAUUAAAAUCUAACGGCUUCAGCAUAGACUGCUUUCAUAAAGUUACCAAAAGUUUUAGACAAAGAAUUGUAAUACUAAAAUGAUGGUGAAUGGUGCAAUAUGUGAAAUUUUACACAUUAAUAAAGUUUCCUUAAAACUUUC